AUGAGACUGUCACUGCUGCUGUUGCUAGUCCAUUCUUGGGCCCUUGUGGCCACAGCCACGCCCGCCAAGCACUGGCGCCGAGCCCCCGCCCAUGGGGUCUUCAACGUGGAUAUCUAUGCCUAUAACAAGCCCCGGAUGAACCUGGCCCGGCGCCAGGUUCAGCUGCAGGAUCCCCCGCCGAUGGGACACCUGCUGCAGCAGAUCGCCCAGCACAGUCGCCGAUCCCCCGAGCAGAGGUCCCACUACCGAAACCUGGACGAGAACGUGGACAUGGUCAUGCCAGUGGCACAGCCAGAGAAGAAAACAAUUGUGGACCAGGCUAUAAACAUGCAAUUAAUGCCGCUGCAAAUGAACUCGGGCCCGCACGCACGAGAGAAUUUAUACUCGAACGAGUUCCAUGUGCAAAAUAUAGGGGUCAAGAAGAUAGUGCAAUUGAAUACCCUGACUAUUGGUCAUGAACAUAAACCAGUCGGCGAAGAAGUUAUGGCCCAGAGCCAGCAGGAGCAGGAGCAGCAGCCCCUGAAGGUAAAGCUGACACUGCCAGAGCUGGGCGAGAACAAUGCAGGAGAAACAGAAAUCGUGCCACAAGGGGAUGAAAUUGUAAAAAAAGAUAUCUCUGACUUGGCCUCGGCCUCUGCCUCUGAUCCUGCUCCUGUUCCUGCCACUAAAGCCCCCGUGAUAGUGCCUGCAGGGGAAUCCCUGACUAGUGUGAAUAAAACCAUGGCCUCGAGUGGGACAAUUAUCGAUAUGGCAUCGACAGGAAUGCAACAGCUUGUCAGCCAGCCGACAGCGGAGAAUGCCGGUGACACGAGCACAAAGGCUGAGUCCGGCAAGAAAAAGAAGGACGAAACCAGAGCGCGCCUCCCUCGUCCGAAGACCAGGCGCAAGCCAGUGCAAACUUCCAAUGAAACUGAUACAAAGAUGACAGCGAGCCAGGCUGUCACAACGCCAGUUCCUAUUCCAGCUCCUGCUGCUAACCCCAUCCUGGCACCAAGUCCAGGUCCAUCGAAUGUCAAGCAGCCGGCGAAGGAAUUGGAAACACAAUCACCGGAAAUCAGCACGCAUCGUCCCUUAACAACGAAGCGAAGCAGGACCAAGACGAAGAGCAAGGGUAAGGGAAAGGAUAAGCGUCGUCAGGGCUCCCAGAGACGUCCUGCCAGCGCUGGAGUAAUGGAGGAGGAAAUUGAAACUACGACAAAUUGGUGGCAGAUUCUCCCGUAUGCGGAAAUUAGAAAAUUUUUGAAUACGAUUUAUGACACCAUCGCCGACGAUGUUGACGACGACCGUGCCACGGAUGAUGUGUGA